AUGUUCUUUCUUAUUUCAUUCCUUAAGAAAAAAUUGUUUCUUCCUUCAUUUCGAUCGAAGACCAAUCUUUCUUUCUUUCAUUUUUUCCUUCCAUCUUUAUUUCUCUCUUUCUUUCAUUUUUUCCUUCCAUCUUUCUUUCUUUCUUUCAUUUUUUCUUUCCAUCUUUAUUUAUUCCUCUUUUUCUUUGAUUUUUCCAUUAAUCUUUCUUUCCUUCUUUCUUUCAUUUUUCCUUACAUCUUUAUUUAUUUCUCUCUUUCUUUCAUUUUUGCAAUCAUUCUUUCUUUCGCUCUUCCAUUUAUUCUUUCAAUUUCGCUUUCACUUAUUCCUGCAAUCAUUCUUUCUCACUUUCUUUCUUUUAUUCCUUUAACCUUUCUUUCUUUCUUUAAUCAGUUCCUUCUUUUUCACUUUCUUUCGUUUAUUCUCUUAAUCUUUUUUUCUUUCUCAUUUCCUUUAAUUUUUCCCUGCAGUCUUUCCUUAUUUCUCUUUUUCUUUCAUUUCAUCCAUCAAUCUUUCUCACACUUUUACAUAUAUUCCUUCAAUUUUUCUUUCCUUCAUUUUUUCUUUCAAUUUCUCACUCCAUUAUUUUUUUUAUUCUUUCUCUAUUUUCUUUUCCCUCUUUUUCUGCUUCGUAUUCUUUCACUGAGUGCGCAAGCGACUUUCUUAGUUCAUUCAUUCAUUCAUUCAUUCAUUCAUCCUCUUUCAUUUUAUCCCUCUCUCUUUCUCUCUCUCUCUCUCUCUCUCUCUCUCUCUCUCUCUCAGUCUUUUGCUUUUUAUCCCGAAUCUGUCUUCACUUUUUUUGCUGCUCCAAUUUUUGUCACACGUUUUCCAUUCCCUCUAUUCAUCUCUCUCUCUCUCUCUCUCUCUCUCUCUCUCUCUCUCUGCACACGCAUAAACAUAUAUGCAUAUGCACACAAACGUGCAUAG